CGGUUGGCUAGCAGAACAGAUUGCAGUCAUCCCACGGGUCAAACCAGAGAAAAAUUGUGGCUCAGGGAAAACUGGAGCUGUGACCUGGAGCGCAUCACCUGAAAAACAAUUUGGUGUCUUCUGCUUUAAUGACUCAGCUCUAUCAGAUCAGGACGAGACAGUGACAACGUUAGCAGCCGGCCUGCCAUCAUCCCCAGCCACCAGCUCACAGGCGGCGCUGACCCGGUCUUCAUCCCCUCUCACAACUUUGGUCACAUCAACAAGGUCUCCACCAUCAACAGAAGUAACCACUCGCCCUAAGGAGACAUCCUUAGAUUUUAAACUCCUGAUGGAGACAACAAGAACUUCCUCCCCCUCCUCCCCAUCACCUAAAACCGAUCCUCCACAUCACCUUAUAACCUCCAAAAAGGCUGAGGUCAGUUUGGAGUUCCUGACUUCCCCUCAGGCAGCAAAGCCUCCACUAGGAGCUGGACCUACAGCGCUGCUCAGUGUCGGGCUUGUUCUGCUGCUCCUGAUAGCAGCAGGUGUCGGGUGGUACUGCAGACCAAGACCUUUUGGUUGGCGUGGCAGACUGCUGAAUGAUGACACAGAGACAGAGAUGUGGAAGAAAACUGACAUAUACUGUGAACCUGAAGCAGACCUAGAUGAAGAUGAAGUAGACAAAACAUACUCAAGCAACAUCACCCUGUGUGUGGAUCCGUGUUUAAAUCAAACUCUGGAUUAGCUGACAUUUCUGUGGAGGUUUGAUGGUGUAAUCAUGUCUUUGCAGCACUGAGGAUAAAAGGUCUCAGACGUGAUGCAGCAGUAAACACUUGGUUUCCACAGACACAAGUCUCUUAUUUAGUUGAUUUCACAGUAAAAUGGUAGUUUGCUGAGGUCAGCUGCAUUAACGGCAGAAAAAACAGAAAAAACUUGUCUUUGUCCCAGAUUCAGAGGAAACUGUCAACAGCCAGAUUUUUACAAAACACGUCUGUAACAUCUGACGCAUUUUAGCCAACACUAUAUAUAAUAAAACAAUUCCCCCUCUCACCCUCCGCGGGUGGUCUCAUCCUUCCAGGCUCGGGUCCUCCACCAGAGGCCUGGGAGCUUGAGGGUCCUGCAGUAUCUUAGCUGUUCCUAGAUCUGCUCUUUUCUGGACUGAGAUGUCUGAUGUUUUAUCUGGGAUCUGCUUUAGCCACUCCUCCAGUCUGGGGGUUACUGCCCCAAGUGACCCGAUGACCACGGGCACCGAUGUCUUCACUCUUCAGGCUUUCUCAAGUUCUUCUUUCUUGUUGUAAUUCUCACCAUUCGCCACCGUACUUCUCUAGUUUCUCCUGUUCCUUUUUCCUGAUGUUACAUCACUUGGUAUUGCCACAUCAACCACAACGGCUGUUAUCUGUUGUUUGUCCACCACCACAAUGUCCGGUUGGUCCACCAUCACCAUUUUGUCAUUCUGGAUCUGAAAGUCCCACAGGAGCUUGGCUCUCUUGUUCUCAGACACCUUAGGGGGUGUUACCCGCUUUGACCUCGGGGCUUCCAGUACAUACUCUGCACAGAUGUUUCUGUGCAUGAUGCCAGCCACUUGGUUGUGGCGUUCCAUGUAUGCUUUCCCUGCCAGCAUCUUACACCCUGCAGAUGUGGUGGAUUAUCUCAUAGCCUACACCUUGGGUCUUGUCUGGUGUGGUAGAUCUUGGCCUCUGUUGCUCUGCUGUUCAGGGCCUGUUCCUGUGCAGCCAUGAUGAGUGUCUCUGACACAGCUUCAGAGAGGUCUUCAGACCAGCUCUUACAGAAUGUCAGUAAUUCAGCUCAGACUGGGAGACCAUCUAAAGGAACACUUUGCAGGUGUUUUGCAUUCAUUAGCUGAUUAGAGUGUGACACUUUGAGUCUAGAAUAUUGAACCUUUUCAUAAUAUUCUAAUUGUCUGAGAUUUUGAAUUUGGGGUUUUCCGUCAGCUGUAAGCCUGAAGACCUGUUGAUUCUUCAUCCUUACAUUUUCUUCAUGCUGCUGUUUCUACCAAUUCUGUCUUCCUUCACACCUUUAAUCUUUUCCUUUUCCUCAUUUGUAAUUCAAACUGUUUCUCUUUGUUGUUCUUGUGAAGCACCUGUGAUUUUUAUCUUGAGACACUAUAAAGAAAACUGUUUCCUCUUCUUUACAAUUAUAACAAAUAAAGGUUUGAAACAUCAGGCUUUGCAUGUCAUGAGUCUAAUUAAUAUAUUAGUUUCACAUUUUAAGACAAAUAAAUGAAAUUUUGCACCAUAUUCUUAGCCUGGCAAGCCAGACUAAAUAAAUGUAUUAUUUAGUCUGGCAACGCUCCAUUGACGGCUCUUGGUUGUGGGGCGGGUUCUACCGUUGUCUUUCAAAUGAUCUCCGCAUUCCACUGGACAAUGAAUGUGAUUCAGGCUGCCUCAAUUCAGGGUCUGCAUCCUUCGUCGGCCGGAUUCGUCAUAGCGCCGCGACCAGGCCUGUCCCAAUUUGAAGACUCCUUCAAAUGCGGUCGACGAAUCCGGCCUUCUUUUUGCCUGUAUGAAGGAUGGGUCCGGUGUAUCCUUCAGUGGUUCACAUUUCCCAAGAUGCCUUGCGGGCCGGACGGCAGAACUUUUAAAAACAAUGGCGGACAGUGAAGCGGGAGCUGUCGGAGAGGAUUGCGCAUAUAAAUGUAAGUAUAAACUUGAAAACUGUUAGGUUAAGGGCUUUUUGUGAUACGCGAACGUUAUUUUAGUCAGAAAUGUUACAGUAAAAGUGCUUGUAUUGCGGUCUCGGCUCGUAUGUUCGGCCGCUCGGUGUCGCACUUCUCCCACUAUGUUUCUCUCCUGAUUUUAAUGGGAGUUUGUAUUUUAGGGACAAAAGAGAAAACCAGGGAAUUUAUUAAGCUUAGGGCGGAGAUGGACCACAUGAUCACUGGAGCAAAGUAUUCGGCGGCUGUGGCAUGGAGACUAUUCUGGAGAAAAUGGGCAUCCAGGGGAAGGUGCCAGCGAUGACCAGCUUCUGGAGCUGAUCAGGGAGGACAUGAGGCUGCAGAGGGAGGCAGAGCAGCAGAGGGCACAGGAGAGAAGGGAGAACUUUGACAGCUUUUUACUUUGCUAGAAAGAAAUGAUUAAUAAAGAUUAAACAUGUACAUAUAAAAGAAAUAUCUAAAUAAAAUCAGUUCUGUAUUAAACUCUUGAGUUUUAUUUUUGCUUACAAAUGAGAAUUGUUUACUAGAGGGUAUCCCGCUGGGUCUUAAAGUCUUAAAAGGUGAUAAAUCGGUUUUGGUCAAAUUAAGACCCUUAGAAAGUAUUAAAAACUAUAAUCACUAUAAUCAUCUGAGCUCAGGCUCAGCUUGUCAAAAGUAUUUUCUCUGAAUUAGCUCUCCAACAGUCAAGGAAACGAUUAAAAAGCUAAAACUUCGGGCUCCAUCGUUUAAAGUUCCUUCUGCUCAGCGGUUCCACGGUUGCUAGGCGACGGAACGUUUGCCGAAGGAGUGGCGGGAAUUCAUGAAGGCUAGGCCUGUCAAAAUGGCUGCGUCUGCAGCUAGACCUUACUCAAAUUCACAGCCGUUAACAUCCGGUCUAUGGGGAGGACCCAGCCCA